UAAAAGAAAAACAAGAAAAUAUUAAAAAAAAUUACAAAGUUUUAUCCAAGCAGAUAAAAAAACAAACCACACACACAUUGCGCACAGUUUGAGUGGCACUGUGAGCGCAGCACCGUCGUUUAGUUUUCCGCAGUUCGCUGCUCGUUAUUGCAUUCACCAUUAGCCAUUACAUUAUUACAUGAGCUGCAUGAGUAAUUGAAUGCGUUGUCAAUGAUGAUGUUGUUGGCAGCAAAGUGUUGUUGACAAGUCAGUGCAGUGCGUUCGCCCAACAACUAUUUAUACGCGAUUACAAAUAUAAAUACACACAACAAGUACGUUUAUUAUAUACCUACAUACAUAUGUGUGUAUCUAAGUGUCAGUGCUAAAUAAAUUGCGAGCGAAAUAUUCAAAAGCCAAAAUGCAAGAGUGUGCAUAAUUUUUUGUUUAGAAAUUAGAAAAUGACAAAUCGCUGAUGAAUUUAAGUGAGAUAAAAGGCUACAAAAAUAAAACAUAAGCUCUGGCUAUAUGCACACAACAGUUUAACAAUUAAAGGAAUAAAAAUAAUAAUAAAUAACAAAAAACACAACAACAACAACUGCUCGUACAAGCGCAACAAGCAACAAGAAGGUGAAAAAAAAAGAAAUUACAAACGACAGUGCACGAAAGGGGAAGCAAAAAGUGCAAUCGGACAACCACAAACGAAAUUCUUGGCAUUCAGUGUUCAGCAGUGAACGAAACGUAUGACGAUCACGCGAUGUGUCAGUAUUUUAGCGGUUCGCGUCUCUGAGUAACGUGUUUCGAAAUAAGAGCGCGGCGUGUAAGGGCAAAAAAAGCGUGUAUGCAGCUUUACAAAUUAAUCAUUUGCGUGUAUUAAAAUAGAAUUUAUACAAACAUACAUAUAUAAUUAAACACAAAUAAUCAAGUACAAAUAUAAAAUUUCAUAAAAGCAAGUAAAAGUUAAAAGCAAAUGAAAUAGUUAAAAUAAAUAAACAAAAAAAAAGAAAUAUUCUAAAUACAUUUCUAACGCCAAACGUUUAGUGAAAGUUUUAAAAUUCCAAUUAGAGCAUAGGCACAAAUAAUUUCAAACACACACACACACUCACACAUACAAAUAAAUCGACAACAAACAAAAAUUCACAAUGCCGGAAACAGAGUACGAGUGCAUUACAAAGGAAUGUUUGCAAGCCGAAUUGCGCGCCAUAUCCGCUUCUUCACACAGCCAUAGCCAUAGCAGCAGCAGCAGCAUCAGCAGCAGCAGCAGUAGUCAUCAUCAUCCGCUCACCCAGCUGCUCGCACAAAAGUUAAUCCUUUUGGAUUGUCGCAGUUCGCAUGAAUUCAGCGAAUCGCGUAUCCGUUCAGCGGUUAAUUUCUUCAUACCCAGCAUUAUGCUGCGUCGUUUGGCGAAUGGUAAAAUUGAUUUGCUAUCAACAAUUAAAUCAGCAGAUCUAAAAGAGCGCAUACAAAAUGGUUAUAAAGUGAGCCUGUUCAUAUUGUAUAAUGAUGUUGGCAUGCAGGAGCAAUCAGCAGCAGGGGCAGCGGCAACAUCGACGUGCGGCAGCGGCGGCGGUGGGGUUGGUGAAGUGGUCGCAGCGGAUGCUAUAAAUAUUUUGUAUCGCCGUUUGAAGCAGGACGGUUGUCGAGUAGCGGUGUUGCAAGAUGGUUUCUCCAGCUUCCGUCAAGCAUUUCCCGAGUGGUGUGAAGAUGACAGUGCACAAAACAGAGAAAUGGAAUCUAGUCGCAGCACACAGGCUGACCAAUUAAUGGGUCUGAGAUCCUUGCGAAUAUCAACACCACAUUCUGAUUCCACCUGCAGUAGUUCCGCUGAAUCUUCCGAUUGUGAGAGCACCACACAUCACAAUAUCAAUGAGGCACCUGUGGAGAUCAUUCCAGGCCUGUUUCUUGGCAAUGAAUCGCAUAGUUGUGAUUCACGCGCACUGCAACGGUACAAUAUAAAGUAUGUUCUAAACGUCACACCGGAUCUUCCAAACGUCUUCGAGUCCUCCGGCGACAUUCAGUAUUUACAAAUUCCAAUCACUGAUCACUAUUCCCAAGAUCUGGCCAAACAUUUUCCAGAUGCUAUACGAUUUAUAGAAGAAGCGCGCUCCAAUAAUGCGGCUGUACUUGUACACUGCCUAGCUGGUGUCUCCCGCUCCGUAACAGUAACGCUCGCCUAUCUCAUGCAAACGCGCACACUCAGUCUAAAUGACGCAUUCACGUUGGUGCGCGAUCGCAAACCAGACGUGGCACCCAAUUUCCAUUUCAUGGAACAGCUGCAUUCAUUCGAACGCAAACUGCGUCCGGCUGGUGUCGGCAGUGGCGGCAGCAGCGUCAACAAUGAAUGCACUGCCAUGGAUGAGAGUGGUGGUGGCGGUAGUGUUAGUGUGCCAUCUUGUACCGCACAGGCGAGUUUAGCCAACACAUUGAUGGCCGGCGGACGGUGUGCCGGUGAAAUGGGUUCGAAAUUCAUAUGCAAUUGCAUUGCAACGGAUUGUAAAUGCAUGCAAACGGGCGGUUAUAUGGCACAAUUGGCCAAAGCGGCGACUGGUGUGUCACCGGACUCGGGUAUUGAAUUCGAUCGAUGGACGCCGACAAGCGAUACGGGGCUGAAAUGAGAUCAACUUGUGGGAAAAAGUUUCGUGU